GAUCCCGGAACUCUUUUCAUCAAAUCUGUCAAAAGUGUUAUAAAGAUAAGCUCGUAUAAAUUACACUGAAUGAUCCUUUGCACCCAUUUCAUGGAUUUGACUGGCUUGAGAACAAACGCGCUGUACAUUCUUCUUUUGGUUUAACGGUAAGGCAGUGUCUACAGCACCUCCUCACUUACAUCCCCCGCUCCAUUUUCUCUCCACACCCAACAUGGUCCGUAUAUCUGAGGACGAUCCCCUGGCCCUCGCCAUCGCACCCCCACCAAACGAGUCUCCAGAGGAAAGGCAGGUCAGGGAGAGCGCGGAGGCUGAAGCCACCAGGAUCAACAACGAGAUAGACGAGCAAUUAAGACUGGAGAAGGUAGCACUGAGGAAGAAGAAACGUCCAGUAAAAGUUCUUCUCCUCGGUCAGAGCGAGAGCGGCAAAUCGGCGACGCUAAAAAACUUCCAGCUACACUAUGCACACCGCGAAUGGGCUCAGGAGCGAGCCUCAUGGCGCGCCGUCAUCCAACUCAACCUCAUUCGAAACGUCAACUACAUUCUCGACAACAUCGUUCGCGAAAUGUCCAUGUCAGACCCAUCCAAACGAUCCACAGGUGGCGACAGUAGCUUCAGCGACGACGAGAUUGAAACGCAACCCCGAGGACCAAGCUUUCAAUUCACCGACAAACAUCGCCUGCUCAAACUCCGUCUAGGUCCACUUCGUCGUGCACAGGCUGAUUUGGAGUGUCGGUUAGGAGCGGCAUCUCAGGAGGUCCUUUCUACCACUGUCAACACGGCUACCCCCUUCGACGCUUUCCACGUACCGCAGCACAGACGGCCAGCCCAGGAGUUUUGUAUUUCUUCAAGUAACGGCUGGAAAUCUGCCCUUGACAAGUUCCGCCCAUUCUCAGCUGGUCGUACGGAACAACAUAACGUUCGAAGACGUAAAGAUAUUGAAGGAGAUGAUGUGACUGAUGUCCUCGUUGGGUGCAAGGAGGACAUGAAAACUAUAUGGGAAGAUUCAGUCGUGCAAGAGAUACUACAUCAGCGAAGAUCACGGAUCGAGGAUUCACCAGGAUUCUUCCUCCCUGCCGUUGAAAGAAUCGCAAGUCGCGACUACCAGCCCACCGAUAAUGACAUUAUUCGUGCAAGACUACGUACCGUCGGCGUUCAAGAGCAUAGAUUCUUGUUCGAGGAAGGCCGUACUGCGGGCAAGGAGUGGCUGAUGUAUGACGUUGGUGGUACUAGAUCAUCGCGUGCAGCAUGGGCAUGGUAUUUUGACGACGUAGACGCCAUCAUCUUUCUCAGUCCAAUAUCUUGCUUUGACGAAAAACUGGCUGAAGACCGGCGUAUAAAUCGCCUGGAGGACAGUUAUCUACUCUGGCGCUCUGUCUGCUCGUCGCGGCUGCUGUCCAAGACUCAAAUCAUUCUCUUCUUGAAUAAGUGUGACAUCCUCACUGCCAAGCUAAGGCGAGGUGUCCGUGUAAAAGAUCAUGUUCCAAGUUUUGGCGAGAGGAAGAACGACGUUGCGACUGUGAUGAAAUAUUUCCAACAACAUUUCAAGGAAAUUUCCAGGCAAAGCUCCCCAGAACCACGGCCUUUCUUCGUGCACUUCACAUCGGUAGUGGACACCAAGGCAACGGCAGCUACGCUGAGCGUAGUGGAGGAGAGCAUCCUUCGGGACCAUUUACGAAAUGCUGAUUUACUCUGAAUCUUGUAUCCAUCCCCCCCCCCUAUUUAUAUGAACCUUUCCCAUGACUCCUUCGUUAUUGAUCACACUAUAGAACGCGGUAUGGGAAUUCCCAGCCUCAUACUUAAUUACUUAUUAACUGUUGUAGCUGACGUGUAUCACAACUUAUGCUUUCGUCUUGAAUUAUGUAUUAAAAACAAAAAUAGUGGCAACC